ACUUGCAUCAGAGUUUGCAACUGUGGAGAGAAGAGCUGAGCUUUUUACGACUGCAGUUGACUUUCUAAUACCAGUUACAAUUAGACUGUAUCUCUGACUUCAGCUUCAAAACAAAUAUGUCUAUCAUUACUACUGUGGCACUCCUGGUUUUCCUGACCAUUCCUGAGGGUAUGAGUAUGGGGGAUCAAGGAGUGAUUCUUCGAUGCAGAUGCAUUACCAAGGAGAAAAAGCCCAUUGGACGUUACAUAGGAAGGUUGGAAGUGAACCUUCCAACAUCCCACUGCAAUGUUGUUGAGAUUAUUGCCACUCUUAAAAAGGAUGGGAAAAUGAUUUGUUUGGAUCCUGAAGCUCCGUGGGUCAAAAAAGUGCUUGGGAAGAAACUAACUGAGCAGAGACCUUGAAGAGUAACCCUGAACAGACUGGGGUCAGAUGGAAAGAAGAACACAAAUUCAUCACCACUGAAGUUCAAAGUGACACAAAAGGCUUGUUUUUCAGAAUGUGACAGAUUCACGUGGCAGCUGCGAUACUCAAGAAACUGUGUCUAUAUCAUCAAUCCAACUUUUCAAUUUCCUGAGUGCCAGCGAGAAAGUAAGGAGUGGUGACACAAACCUAUAUUCUGGAGAACAUGUUUAACAUCAUAUGUCUACUAACUUUCAAAGAGCUAUUUUUGAUAACAGUUACAAUACUUGUAUUUCAAUCGCAUUCUGUUAAAUAUAUAUAUAUAUAUAAUGUAGAGUAAACGCACAAUAAAUGGGCAUACUCUGUUAAUAAACUCCUUAUUUUGUAAUGCUCAGCACAAUGGAAAGAUAUGGGCAGGAAAGGAUCAUCAACAGUAUAUGUAGGCAGCUGGACAGAAUGAAAUACAAUAUUUUAAAAUCUUGGCUAGUGUCACAUUUUUCUAUCUUUAUUUUACAAAUACAAAAAUGUAAAAAAUUAAGUGAAAUCUACCAUAAUGAUAAAAAAAUUAGAUGAAAAUGGCAACCAUUGAAAAAAACAGAACAUUUAAUUUGAUAUUAUCCAUUAUAUGGAACUGACAUUUUCAGGUUGGACCCCACAUUAUUUUCCCUUGGGAUCUUCAGAACUCUGUGUUUUGUCUCUUGAAAGGGCAUACAGAAUAACACACCAAAUUCUGUUUUCAGAAAUCAUGUUUUACCGAAGGUUUGUCUGAAAGAGCACUGUGUCCCACUAUAACACUGUUAUGUGCCUUCACAUUUUGUAAGUCCUCCAUCACAGAGACAUUAACAUUGUGUGAUUGUCCGCUCCAUUUUUCUCUGCUAAUCAUUCUCAGUUUGCUGUUUGUGAUGGAGAAAAAAACAAUAAAAUUUCCUUAAAAUACA